AUGACAUUUGCUGCUUCGCAAGGCAAUAUCGAGUGUCUACAAUGGUUGCAUGCUAAUCGCACCGAGGAGUUUGCAGAGGAAACCAUUGCUUACGCGGCAAAGAACGGUCAUUUCGAAUGUGUAAAGUGGCUACAUGAGAAUCGAUCAGAAGCAGUUUCACAACAGGAAAUGGAGUACGCAGCAGAAAGCGGUCACUUUGCGAUCAUGAAGUGGUUGCACGAGAAUAGAAAUUCAGGAUUCUCAGUGAAUAUGUUAUACGGUGCAGUAGAGGGCAGCUAUGAGAUCUUCAAGUGGUUAUACGAGCAUACUAUCAAAGAAACCGAUGUCGACACUGUUUAUUUGGUAGACAUGGCAGCCGAGUAUCAAAAGUUGGAUAUUCUCAAGUUUCUAUUGCAUCAAAACAAUGGUGUUUACGGUGGUGAUGGAUACGAUCUACUGUUGAAAGCCAUACAGAAGGGUGACUUAAAGAUGCUGGAAUACUUGAAUGAAUGUAUACUCUUCUUACAGUUUGAUGAAGAUUUACUCGCGACUGCAGCAUCAAAAGGUUAUACCGACAUAGUUGAAUAUAUACUUAGGAACUCAACUGGUCUGGAGAUUAACGAUGCUAUUGCUAGCACCAUUAUCAAUAAUCAUUUAGAUACUUUAAAAUAUCUAUUUAAACAAAUCACAUCGAAUAACAGCGAGGCAGAUCGAAAUUAUAUGGAACUGGCGGUGCAACAUGAUAAUAUGGAUGUUUUACUCUGGUUGUAUGACAAUGCCUCUUCCGAAUAUGGAGAGAUUUCAUCUUCAUUUUUGAAUAUAGCAAUAAACAACGGGAAUGUUUCAUUGGUUAAAUGGAUCAUUGAUCAUAUCGAUGACAAGCAAAUGAAAUCUUUAAAAGAGAGCAAUGAAUUCAACAAUAUGAUUUCAAAUACACUGUUUCAGUAUAAUGAAUUCGAAAUCAUUCAAUUUAUUCUCGAAACAUUUAAAGAAACUGUAACAAAAAGUAAACUUGAAUCAUACAAACAAUUACUGGAAUCAAAAUACCCAAAUUCAAUAGAAUCUAUUGAAAUAAAAUUAAAAAUGUCUAAAUCAAUAUUUGUUUUUGAUAUUUUAUUGGCAAUUAUUGGAAAUUCUAUCUGCUUAGCAGAAGAAUAUUACCGCCAGAAAAAAUCAAGUGACUAUGCAGAUUCGAUUACUUUUGAAGUUCCAUCAUAA